UUGCAUUAUAUCUUGAUAUUGCUUAAUUACCGGAUAUUUCCGUUUCUUAUCGGAAGAAUGAAAGAUAAGGUUUCCACUAAUUUUUUUGACCUCUUGUUUUCUCUAUUCUAAUUAAAAUUUCAAUGAUGGGGUUGAGAAAGAAUAAUAUGCAAACAUGCAAGUCAAAAAAUAUUUAUUAUCAUUUUUUUUAAAUUGAAAUCCAUUCCUGAAAUUAUUGGUAACAAAUAUUGCGUUUAUGACUUAAGAGAAACUUACGAAGAGUUUUAAAUAGAUAUAAUUUCCACAAACAUUUUGAUAAAAAGUCGAAGAAAAAUUGUGAAAUUUUAUGAUUGUUUUAACAAAAAAAGUUUUUUAAUCCAGAGCAAAUAGGUGUAUAAUACUAAGAAUUUUUUAUUUGAAAAUUUGCGUAUAUGGGAUUCUAUGGAAAAAUAUGAAUUUUCCGAAAGGAAUUUAGUAGAGGAUAUUCUGAUUGUAUGAUUGGAAAUUUAACAAUGAUUGUUAUGCGUAAAGAUAUGAAGUUAAUUUCACUAAAUCAUUUUAACAAAGUUUCUUUAUAAUUUUAGUUAUACGAAUAAUUACGUUUAUGAAAUAAAAAAUAUUUAUUGUUCGAUUUUUUCAAAAUCCUAAGUGGAUGUUACACCUUAAUUUUUAAUUAAUUAAUUUAACAGUUGUUACUGUUAUGAUCAAGAAGUAGUUAUGUGUCAAAUAGUAUGGUUUGGAACGUUUGGAACAAGAAUAUAAAAGUAAAUAAUGUAAAGAGAUAAUAAAGUAUCAUCAUAAGCGUCCUUGUGGUCAUUUAACAAACUAGAAUAAUUGGUACAAGUAUAGUGGCUAAACAUGAAAAUAUACAUUGUAUACAUUGCGGACGUUAACGAAAUAAAUACAGAAUUCUUAUUCACUACAUUUAUUUUAACUCUUUUGUGUACUGUAUUUUUGACAAAAUAUUUUUAAUUCUUCUGAAUGUAGUACAGUGUUUGACUUUUGGGUAGAUUGAAAGUAAAGGGUACAAAAUUAUGUUGUUACAAUUAUUUAGUGUACUUUUACUAAUAUCGACAACUAUUGGACGACCAAACUUUUUGUUUAUAAUUGUUGACGAUUUGAGACCAGCAUUAGGAUGCUAUGGAGAUAAAAAUGCCUACACGCCAAAUAUUGACUCUUUAGCAGAGAAGAGUACAGUAUUUACUCAUGCCUUCGCACAGCAAUCUCUUUGUGCUCCAAGUCGUAAUUCGAUGUUAACCAGCAGGCGACCGGACACACUUCGUCUUUACGAUUUUUAUAGCUAUUGGCGUAAAGACGUUGGAAAUUUUACAACAUUACCUCAACAUUUGAAAAAUAAUGGCUACACUACUAUGUCAAUUGGAAAAGUAUUUCAUCCAGGAAUAAGUUCAAAUGGCUCGGACGAUAGUCCUUUUUCAUGGACUGAGAAACCAUUUCAUCCUUUUACAGAUAGAUAUAAAGACGCCCCGGUUUGCCAAAAUAGUAAAAAUAAAUCUGCAAGAAAUCUUGUAUGUCCGGUUCAGCUGUCUAUGAUUCCAAAUAAUACACUUCCUGAUAUGGAAACAUUAAAUGCAGCCUCUUCUUUCUUGCAAUUGCAUUCCCAGAAAAUAAAUCCCUUCUUUUUAGCUGUUGGAUUUCAAAAACCACAUAUACCUCUAAAGUAUCCUGAGGAGUUUUUGAUAUAUCAUCCACUGGAUAAAUUUUCGAUUCCUGAUAAUUACCAGUGGUCAAUAAAUGUCAGUUCUGUUGCCUAUAAUCCUUGGACCGAUCUUCGAAUUCGAGAAGAUGUGAAUGCCUUGAAUUUGAAAUUUCCAUGGCAAAAAAUUCCAUUUAACUUUGCAAUCGAUAUAAUACAGUCAUAUUACGCUGCCGUCACCUACAUAGAUCACCAAAUUGGAAAACUUCUGGACGAAUUAAGAAAAUAUAAUUUAGAAGAAAAUACUGUCAUAAUUCUUACUUCAGAUCAUGAAUAUAUUCCAGGUUGGUCAUUAGGUGAACAUUCAGAGUGGGCAAAGUAUAGUAACUUUGAAGUGGCUCUUAAAGUUCCUUUAUUAAUCUCAAUUCCCACUUUGUCAAACAUUAAAGAUUGUGGAGUAGAUUUCAAGAAAAUUAAUGAAUCUGAAGGAAAAAUAGAAUCAGUGAGAAAAAAAAAUUGCAAUCAGAUAAACGAAUUAGUGGAAUUAGUAGAUAUAUUUCCAACAAUUGCGGAGUUAGCCAACACUCCCAUUAAAACAUGCAUUGAUUCUGAUGACGAAGAGUCAAAUCUUUGCACUGAAGGUUAUUCCAUGUUACCACUCAUCGAAGCAUCAAAAACUUGUGAGAAGUUGAAUUGGAAGAAAGCGGUUUUUAGCCAGUAUCCAAGGCCAGGUUUAGAACCGAGUUUCAAACCAAAUAGUGAUAAGCCAAGAUUGAAGGAAAUUAAUAUUAUGGGCUACACCGUGAGAACAAAACGUUUCCGAUAUACAGCAUGGAUUUCUUUCUCAUCUAAUAAUUUUAAACCCAUUUGGAAAAAAAUUGUUGCCGAAGAAUUAUAUGAUCAUACAACUGAUCCUAAAGAGACUGUAAAUCAAGUUAAAUUUUCAAAAUUUCAUAAAAUUAAGAAAAAACUUAAAAAAAUAUUACUUGCUGGUUGGAGACAAGCAUUGCCUUAGUGUAUAAAAGAAUAAAAUUUUGAAAAGAGAAUUAUCACAUUUUAGAUCAGUUAACAGUCAAGAAAAUUAUAGACAGAAAAUUGAGGUUCAUAAAAUAAGAUUUAUUACCAUCAUUUAUACAUUGCAGUUCUUAAGGACAAUAUCAUUUUAAGAUUAACAAUAAAAUUUAACAAUUAUUUUUAAGAUAAGAGAAAAAGAACAUUUUCUGUUCCUGAAGAAAUUGUUGUUUGCCUUAUUCAUUCUUCGUUCGAUAUUUAUUUAAUAUAUCUUUUACCAUGUCUACGUA